AUGGCAGAAGCAGUUUUUCAUCCGCCAAGAAGGAAAAGAAGAGUUUUUGAGUCGUAUGAGGCUCCUUUUCCUGUGGAUGUAGGAGGGAAGGAUUUCAGAAUAUGCCAGGCUGAAAUAGUUAACAACAAUGUUAUUGUGAGGAACCCUGAAGAUAUUGAACAGCUUUAUAACAAGGGCUAUUUUGGAAAAGGUAUCCUGUCAAGAAGUCGACCAGUGUACAGCAUUUCAGAUCCUUCACUGGUUACUAAGUGGCAGGGUGUUAAUGGAAACAUGCCUAUAAUUACAUCAGAAAAGUACCAGUAUCAUGUUCAGUGGGCUAAAAGAAUUUUGCAAGAGCAAGGAUUUGAUGACUGCUCGGUUACCAAAAUUCUUGAAAAUUACACUAAGCCUCUUGACCUGCCAUUUUUGGAAGAGGAUGGCACUGAACAAAACGGUAACAGUUGCGACAGAAUGGGCCCAAAUACAGAAAAUACAGAACCUUCUGGACAAUCUUCUGCAGAUACUGGAAAUGUAGUAGCCCUAAGUCCUGAGAAUCAGAAGGAAGACUACAAGAAAGCCUGUUUGGAAGGAGAUCCAGCGUUGGACCCUGUGGCCAUAUGUGGCUCUAAAGAACAGGAACAAGGUGACUUGAAAGAGACAGCUGAAGUGUCUUGCCAGAAGCGUGGUUUUCUCAUGAAUUGCAGCUGCAAGGGUAAGGAGAGCACUGAGCAAAGAUCUUCUGAGAUGAUCAAGUCAAAAGAAUGUGCUCCAGAAUAUGUACUGGUGCAAGAGGAAGAAGAAGGUAGCUUAUGUCCUGAAGAUGACUCUGCUCAUGCAGAAGAAAAUCUUGUCAAGAGCGAAAAACUAGUAUGCAGAAGAAAUCCAUUUAGGAUUUUUGAAUAUUUACAACUCAGCUUGGAAGAGGUAUUUAUGUACA